GCGCACGCGAUCCUGCACCUGAAGAGCACGAUCCUGGGGAAGAGCCACUAUCUGCUGUUCCACAUCGUGCCCGCGAUGCAUCCUCGGUGGCUCAUCACCGUGGACGAGGACCUCAAGGAGCUCAAGGUGCCGGUUCGCGUGGGCCAGUCGGUGGACAUUACCGGCCAGGCCGGCCGGCCAAAGCAGAUCACGGGCUUCCAGACCCGCACGACCCCGGUGCUCCUGAACCACACGGACCGUGCGGAAUUGGCCACCGAGGAGUACCUGCCGGUGGCGACGAUUAUGGAGGACUUCGUGAUCCUGCGAAAGAACCCCAACUACAAGCCGACCGCGAUGCACCAGCGCCCCUACCCAGACAUGCGCGCGCGCCGAUACAGGCCUCACAACGUGCCCCCGUGGGGCCCCCUCACAGAUCAGUUCACGCCAGCGGCUGGUGCACUGCGGGCCCCGUCGGGCACGAAUCUCGGCAGGCGGCGGGCGGCGUCUGAGAUUCGCAUGCCCAUCGCCCUCCAGCACGGCGAUGGCUGUCCUGUUAUCGGCGGCGCCGCGGGAGUCGCCGCCGCCCUGCAGGCCCUCGCCGCCGGUGGCGUGGCCAGCAGCGGUGGCCCACGGCUGCGCCCGAAGGCCCGCGAGGAUGUCCAACAGGGCCUCGACUCGUGCUACGUGCAGGAGGCGCGGCCCCUGUCGCUAGCCGCGGGCAGUGUCCACUUGUCGCGGCCCCCCGACCUGCGGCGGGCCCUCCUGCGCCCCGCCGCCGCGUCGACGCCGAGGUCCACCGCGCCCAGCGCGAGCUGGCACGGGAUCGCCGCCCGGCGGAGCACCGCCACGCUCUUGGCGCAGCAGGCGCCGAGGUGCGAACUUCGAAAAGGCACACUGCAUCUCCGAGCCAGAGUGGCUCGGGUCAGAAUCAAUUUCAUGAGCCGCGAUGCCAGUGUCUGGUCGAACACCAAGCGCUGGUCGGACUGGUACAACAAAGGUCCGUUGCACAUGGGCCCGAAGCAACAACCAGCCCCUUCGACUGCUGGAGCCUCCCUUACCGCGUCCGAGCUGCGUUCCAUGGUCGAACUCAGCAAGCGGGCGGGAGACACGGACGGUGCAAAGAAGUGGCAGGCAGUUCUCGACAAAGUGGAACCACCUCCUGCGGCUCAAGAACCUGUUCAAGCUCGAGCUUCCAAGGCACACUCUAAGGUCCAGCAGCUUGAGAGAGUCCUGGCCAGGGAGCUCGGUAAGCUCGACAAGGCGAGAGAGUACUUCGAGUCGCAGCAGGAGAUUGUUAAGAAUACCAACGAUGACCUUGACAAGGCAGACGCGGACUACAAGCAGAUCGUGGCAGAACUGGCUGGAGGGAUUGUUCCACGUGCGCCAAAGACGCCUGGCGGCACCACGAAGCUGCUCAUGCUGGAGGAUAUCGUGUCGGGCCAGGCUAAAGCGUUGGAUUUCAUCGACACGUCCUCGCUCUUCGCGAUCGACAGCGAUGCCUAUGUUGUCACCCCCGAAGAUCAGCGGAUCUUGGAUGAGCGCAGGGACACGCUCAACACGCAGUUGCAGGAGAUUGCCGCGCAGCUGUUCUCGGGGGCGAUGGACAAGGCCAGCGAACUCAAGAAGGUUCGGUACCGCCGGGUAGUGAUCAGCCCGGUGCUGCUGCUCAACCUAAAGUAUCUCCUGAUGAAGUCGCCGUCGGAGGAGCUGAUGACGCUGAGCUUGACGAACCUGAGGAUGUACGGCGGCGAUCCUCGCCCCGGCCCCGCGGUGCCCCGCGGCGAUGCCGCGCGGGAGGUCCAGCUGGCGGCCACGGAGAUAGGGCGCUUCGGGGGCGUCGCGGCCUACCACACGUCGGUCAUCCUCGGCGGGCAGGAGUUCUACUUCGACGGGCAGGCGCCUGCCGCCGAGCCCGGGGCGCGCGCCAGGUCUCCCACCUGGCGGGCCGCCCGCAGGGGCUCCGGAUGGAG